AUGAGACCUUUUUUCUAAAGUUUUUUUUCCACAAUUGUGUAUUACUUGAGGGACCGUACAACUUCCAUGUCCCACACCAAAGCAACCUUUACAGAGAAGAUACGUUCUUUCAGGGGUCCUCUGCUUGCAUUCGUCACUCUUCGUAUUCUACACCAUUUCUACCCUUUUCAACCAUUUCGUUGUCUCAAACUUUAGUUAAAUGUGUUCGGAGGCUAACCAGAUGGCGCAAUGCGGGUCGGCAGCAGCAUCUCCGACGGUGAAGGAGCUCAUUUCUCUCCUCCGAUCAUCCUUCUUAGCGUCGGAGUUUCAAGAUGUUGAAAAAAUAUUGGUGGAGCGUGAAGAUCAUAUGAGGGAUCAGUGUAAUGAGUUGAGGAAGAAGGCUGAAACAUUUGAAAAGGAGAAGGAUGUGUUGUCUAUCAAAAAUCAGAAGCUGAAUGACGAGAUGAAAAAGAAACAAAGGGAAGUUGACGCACUGAGAAAGGAAAAUUUGGAAUAUAAGGAUCAGAUUAAGGUUUUGAAUUCUGAGAAAUGUAGGGUUUCGAAAUCUGCGUUAGAGGAUGAGUUGAAAAUGAAACAAAGUGAAAUUGAUGGAUUGAGGAAGCUGAAUGUCGAUUAUGAGAAGAAAGAGGCUGAUCUUAGGUUUUAUAAGAAGCAAUCGACGGAUUUACACGAUAGGGUUUUAAAGUUAGAGAAAACAGCCAAAGAAUUGAUAGCUUCAGCGGGAUCUUCAUCGAUCAAUCAGGAGAAUAGCCAACAAAAGAAUUCUACUGCUGAAAACAUUGAACCACCAUUGCUUGUUGCAAAGGGGGACAACAAGAUAAAAACAGAACCCAAGCUUCAAGAGAUCAUACAGAUUGAUGAUGAUGAUGAUCUAAAGUGUCACUCGACAUUGAAAAGAAAACAGAGUUCUAAUGAAGUAGAUAAAAAGUAUAGUAGUGAUUUUGUUGAUGACAUUCAACCCGCAACUCAAAAAAGGAAAAAUCUUCAAGAUUUGUAUAAUCAGCCAAUAAUUUCAAAUCCCCAUUCUACCCCUCAGUCAUCAGGAAUCACACCACGUGUGGAGAAAGUUGAGCCAAGAAAUCUCUUGUCUUCCUUGGAUAGUCCAGCCUCCAUUUCUGAUCUAAAUACCAACAUCAUUGAUGGAGCAUACAAAUCAAUAAUUGCUAGAAAUAAGAUGAUAAAAGGAAAAUGGAGAUUCAAAUCUGAGAUGCUUGAAGAAUUUGAUAAAGAUGAUGAGCUUUGUAUGAAUGCCAUUUGUGCUCUACAUAGACAAAGUCGUACUGUUCUUCCACUUUUUGAUAAAUCAAGAAUCACCCAACUGGCACUGUUGCUUAUCAAUGGGGACCCACAGCAAAAGUUGAAAAAAACAGCUUCAGAAGUUAAUCCUUGUGAUGUUGAUGAAUGUAGGAUGCUUGCUAAAAAGUAUGCAGCCCAGAUCUUUAAUAUAUUCAAGAAUAAAGAUGACCCUUUCUUCCCUCCUUCCACAAGUUAAGAAAAAAGACCAGAUUUCUAUACAUUAAUCGUUGAAUUGUCUGUAAAUCUUAAGUUUUUGUGAAGUUUAUCAACAUUAUAACAAAAUAGGAAAGUAGAAUAGUACUCUGACUAGGAUAUGUUAAGUGUGGUGUGAAAUGUGAAUAUGAAAUCCGAGGUUUAAAUCUCUUUGUAAAAAAGUUUUCAACUUUUUGAACUAAAUUGCC